AUGUUUGAAUAUUCCACCCUCUGCGAAGCCUGGCAAGAGCGAGGUGCUUGCACUCAUAAACUCGCCCACCACCUUUUAAUUACACCCACAAAGAAAACUAAACUGAAGGACGAUGAGCAAAAUUACGAGAAGCUAAAAGAGGAAAUCCUGAACAAACAGAUAGCUGCGCUGGAGAAACUGAAAAAAGAUGAAGCGUUUCGAUUGUUCAGCAAACUGGAGCGGAAACACGGGGAUUAUCUGCCUCUCCAUGCCGCCUACUUGAGAAAUAUCGACGGGAUAUCCUUGAAGCGAGUUCUCUUGCCCGCCGUAAGCUCCUUAAGUGCAGGCAGCGUUCUUGAAACACAUGUUCUAAGUCUCGAACUUGACCGGGAAGGCGCCCGCCGGGAGCCUGAGAGGCUGAAGGAAGUGCUCAACAUUUGCGAUAAAAUUAUUGAGAAAGUCGACCAGUCUGGUCUCGCAGCCUUCUACGGAAUAAAGCAGCCCGUAGACAACAGCGAGUCAAGAAGGCUUAAAAAGGAAAAGGACGAGACGGAAGCCAUUUUCGUCGAAGCCCUCAUCCGGAAGGCAUAUGCGCUCCUUGAGUUCGAGGAUUUGGGCUGCGAAGUAAGAUCGACCGUCGAAAGACGGGAGGAGCUCAUGAAGCUUCUCAACCAAUGGUGUUCUGCGAAGAGCCCUCAACAUGAGGCCAGUCAACUACUGAACGCCGAGGUAGAAUUGCGCAGGGGCCAAUAUGGAUUGGCCAUGAAGACAAUGGACGGCAUCUACCAGGAACUGACCGACAGGGAUCUGAGAGCAAAGGCAACCGCGUGGAAAGUGUGCACCCUUCACCGUGCUGGUUGGCUGCACUGCUCUCAUGUCGAAGCCGGCAUGUACUACGCCCAGUUUCCGGCGACAGUGCCGCUCAUGUACUGAGGGACAAGCAAAUAAAGCCACGUGGCCAGUCC